CGAAGGGUUGUCCAGGAUAGAGUGCGAGCCUGGGUUCGAGGAGCGCCCUGAGUGCGGCUUCACUUCGGGGGUCGGCGACGUGGAGAACUGCUUCCAUCGGCUGCGGCUGCCUGACGGCAUGCAUCGGUGCUUCGCCCUGCGGCCCAUCCCCGCCAAGUACACUAAGCUGCGGGGCACAGUGGGCCGAGACGCCCUCAUAUACCCCUGCUUAGCCUCGUUCCCCAUGGGGUUCACGUGGCCCCUGUGGGUGGCCCAGCGCUGCAGCGAGGCGGUGCUGGACAAGGUCUCGCAGCUUGGGCCCAGCAGGAGAAUUACGGACCACGCCGAGCCGAUCGUGCCGCGGAAGGGGGGCGAGGUGCAGUACGCCCUGUACGUGGACAACCUGGGCGUGUUGGGUGGGGCCGAGCCCCCUGCGCAGCUGGCGCUCGGUGCUGGCUGUGCGGCCUUGGGGGCGGUGGGGCUCAAGACGCACGAGCGCGAGCUGCUGGCAGGAGGCGGCGAGACGCUGGGGCGCAUGCUGGACGGCCGGCAGCUUGAGACGCGGGUGACCGAGAUGCGGAGGUGGCGCAUUGAUGGCGCCUUCCGUUGGGCCCUCCGGCGACGCCGCCUCAGCGGCAAGCAGCUGGAGAGGCUCGUCGGCCACGCCACCUUUGUGAGCCUGCUGGACCACACGGCGCUGAACGUGUUCAACGCCUGCUACGCCUUCAUUCACCGGUGCGGCGACAGCAUGGCCGUCGCAUGGCCGACGGUGCGGCAUGAGCUCCAGGCCUUCAUUGGGCUCCUUCCGCUGGUGCGCGCGCCCUGGGACUUGCCCUGGUGCGAGACGGUGGUGGCCACGGAUGCCUCUCUCGAGGGAUGGGGGCGCUGCCGUUGUCUGCUGACGGCCAAACCAGUGGCUAGCAUCGCUCGCGUCCCAGAGGUCUCGAGGUUUCGCCGCAUACAUUGUCUUGGCGCUCGCGCGGCUGCGAGCGCAGCACUGUAUCCGUUACAUGACGAUGACGAAACUCAUCAGCCGCCGCCAUUCAUCGACACCGCCAACAUCAUCGACAUCGGGGAGGCCUUGCCGACGUCGCCGGGGGAGGAGGAGUGGACGGUCGACAGCUCAUUCCCGGAGAACGAUUUGAUAUCACCUUGGAGAGUUACUGGAAAGGGCAAGUGGAAGUUCGGAGAACGCAUCUUGGAGUUGGAAGCUCGAGCAUUGGUUCUUGGUUUGGAGAGCCUAAUCGCCGAGGGAAUGGAGGCGAGCUGGGGCCGCAGCGCGGUCUUGGCCAGGAGGCGGGCUGCAGCCAAGCGGGCCGCCUGCCUUGGGCCGCCCAGGCCAGCGGCGGCCACGCCCGCCCUCUGCCUGGAGAGGCCCUCGCCGCCGGCGGGCCGCCCGCGGAAGCGCAAGCUGCUGCGGCCGCCGACGCGCGAGCUGCCACUCGCGGCGGCGCCGAGGCAGGCCGCCGGGUGGCGGGCGCUGGGCGUGGCGGCCCCCAAGCUGCUGGGCCCGCGGACGGCGCCCAGGCUGGAGAGCCCGUCGGUGGAGGAGGCCGUGACAGGGCCCCUGCUCGCCGCCGCGGGCGCGGAGGCCGGCUCCGGCUUGGGCCGCGGCGAGGCGGCAGCGGCCGCGGAGAGCUCGGACAGCGACAACCUGGACGACCUCACGGUGGCACGGUGCAAGCGGAGGCGCUCCAAGUACCUGGUGGACGCCCGGCACGCCAUGGGCCAGCUGGGCAUCCUGCUCGAGUCGGAGGCCGCGCAGCCGAAGACCAGGGAGUACUACCACCUCCUGGUCUCGAGGUUCUUCUACUGGGCGAAGCAGAGGCGGCUGGGGCCCCACCCGCCGGGCCAGCUGGAUGGGACGCCGUGCAUCCACAUGACGGAGCUGUUCCUGUCCGGGCGCCAGGCGAAUAAUGUGAGGGAGAAGCUGCUGGCUGGUGUCCUGCACGUCCUCCCGGAGUUUGGGGAGGGCGGUGAAGGGCUGGCGACGGCUGUGUCCUGGUCGAAGCCGGCAUCCGAUGCCGCUGUGUGUGCGCGGGCUGCCGCAUGCCACUGGCUGAUAGAGCGCGGCAUGCGCCACGAGGCGGCAGCGAUCCUGCUGGGCUUCAUGUGCUACCUGAGGCCGUCCGAGCUGCUCUGCGUGAGGUGCGGGCACUUCGUGGCGCCAGCGGGGGGAGUGUCCCGCAACUGGAGCCUGCUGCUUGCGCCGGAGGAGCUGGGCAUCCCAACCAAGGCGGGAACGCUCGACGACAGCCUCCAGCUGGACACGAUGGCGCUGAAGUGGCUCGACGUGGCGUGGCGGGAGCUCAAUGCCAAGCCAGCGGCAGAACGGGCCUUCCCUUCCAGCUACCAGGACCUGCUGGCCGACGUGCAGGCCGCCGGCGCCACGCUCGGACUAAAGCUAGUCCCCUACCAGCUCCGCCACAGUGGAGCUUCUUACGACUGGCUACGCCAGUUGCGGGGGCUCCCAGAGAUGAUGAAGCGAGGCCGAUGGCGGAAGCUCAAGUCGGUGGCGCGGUACGAGAAGCAUGCGAGGGUGGGGCUGGAGUUCGGCAAGCUCGACGCUCGGACCCGAAGCCACUGCGUUCGCUGCGAGCCACUGCUCGCGGAUGUGUUCCUCGGCAGGCGCAGCCCGCUCACCUUCGGUCUCCAGCAUGCGUGA